ACGGUUUUCUUUUUAUUUUAGUUAAUUAACGAUGGAUACAUCACAUUUUAGUUUCCAAGCUGAUCAUGACGCGAGGGAAAAUGAAACAAAUUUGAAUGCUGAAUUAUCGAAUGUAAUUUCUUCCAACAAUGUUACCUCAUUUGACAAUAUUACAUUUUUUCUUGCCACACAUAAAUAUCCAAAUGGCCUGAACUUGAACCAAAAACGCACGCUUAGAAAGGCUGCCACGAACUUCUCGCUUGUCGACAACAAGCUAUACUAUAUCGGAAAGAAUAAAAAAGAUAAAAGACUUGUGAUCUUGGAUGAGGAUGGGAAGAAACAAGUCUUCGAAGAUUGCCAUGGAAGCUCUUUGGAAGGUGGACAUGGAGGACAGAAGAAGACUCUUGAAAAAAUAGAAAGUCUCUUCUUUUGGAGUGGAAUGGUUAAAGACGUCAUUCGUUGGGUUACAGCAUGUGAAAUUUGUGGCCACAAGGAAAAGAGAUGUAAUCAAUUGUAUAAAAAAACAAAAACAGUAGACUUUGCCAAUGACACAAGCCAGUCUUCAGAUACAUGUCAAGAUGUCAUAACUAGUGAAAAUCCAACCAGUGGUCUUUAUGAAACAGCCAAAUAUAGCAUGGAACAGAUUGAGCUAUGCCUAAAAAAAAUCCAGCACUACGAAAUGGAAGUUAUGAACAUGUCCAAGAUAGCAGAAGUUGAAAUUGAUGAUAUACUUGAUUUCCUUCUUGCUAAAAUUCUGAAACUCAUUAGCCGGAAAAAACGCGAAAUGAAAAUUCAAGUUGAAGAACAGAGAAUUAAGUCAUUAAAUUUACUGAAAACAUUUCGUAAGCAAUUCGAAGGAAGAUCGAAGACUAUAAGAAAGUUGAUUUUGGAUGUAGAAAAAACCACGAAAGGUUAUCAGCUGUCGUUCUCGCCAAAAAAUAAAUCACUAACUGCGAGCUUACCGGAGAUGCCAAAAAUAGAAGAAAUUGGUGGAAUAUGGAGCGUGUUUAAUACCGAAGAAGCUCACGAAGAAAUUGGAAAGAUUAUUAAAAAAUGUGGCAAUAUAUGCGAGCAGCCUCCGUACAUAGUAUCAAACAUAUUGCAAUUACCAGCUUCCCUUCGCAUCCAAAUCAGCCAUACCGCGUGUGGCAAUCAGCUGUUAUUUAGAGAUGCUUACGACAUGGGAAGCUUUACGCCAACAAGGAGUCUAAGGCUCUAUCACUGUAUCCACAAUCCUGCUGCCCAUACAGACAAUGAGACAGUUUUCCAUGAAAAUCAAAUUCAGAUACUGAAAGAUUUCAGUAAAGAAGAUUACGUUUACCUUAACAGUCUUGAACCGCAUCAGGUUUAUGCCAUCUACAUUAGUUAUAGAGAGGAAGGCUCCUCCGAUUGGUCUCCCUGGAGCUUCCCUAUUCUAGCCAGCACUUCAAUCCCAGGAUAUUGUUGGGAAACAAUAAAUAGUGACUGGAACCUCUCUUCUGAUCUACGGGUUGCUUCUAAGAUUGUCAACUCUCCAACUCCGUUGUACUCGUCUAGUGCCCAAUAUUUUCCAGGGUGCCGCAUCAGCUUGACCUUGGAGAAGAUACCCGACAUCGUAAACGCCGAUGAUGGAUUCGCUCUGAUUGAUCAGUGGGUACAAGGAGGCACUCUCAAUCAAGAGGGAACGUUCUUUGUGAAUGUAGAAGGGAAAGUGUUCAUCAAUGGUAAAUUGUGUGAUGCUAUCACCCCUCUUUCGCUUGUUAAUACCACUGUGACCUUCGACUGCCAUCCAACUAUUGAAACCAUUCCCGAUGGUCUGAGGAUGCAAAUAACGGUGGAUUGUCACAACGAAUCUCACCUAGUUUACUGGAGUGUUCGGAACCAAAUUACUAACGUCUACUUUGGUGUACGUUUCCAUCAGCCAGGUGCACGGGUGAAGAUUGGAUGACUGGAACUUCUGUCAUCUAAUAACGUGCCCAAUUGCAUUAACUAAAGGGGGAAAAAAAGAAUCAGUCGUUUCACUGUUCAUUUUAUCAAAAAACAAUAAAUUUGUCAUAAUCGUA